AUGGCCAUCACCUCAGAAGCAUUGAUCUCAAUCUGGACGCAUCUACCAGCCAUCCUUGUCACCUUUGCCUUAUUCCACUUCAGUCGCAAUUAUCUCAAACCAGGAGUAGCGUCAAUUCCCGGACCAUUACUAGCCAAGAUAACGAACCUUUGGAGGUUCAUCGAUGUCGCCAAUGGUCGUGCAGAAGUGACGCUUCACAACCUCCACCAGAAACACGGGGACUAUGUUCGACUAGGACCUAACGUGGUCAGUGUGCGGAAUUUGGAUGCCCUGAAAACUAUAUAUGGCAUUAAUAAGGGAUAUGAAAAGACCCAUUUCUAUUCUGUUCAGCAGCAGCUUGCCAAAGGCAGACCGACGCCUACACUAUUUAGUACAACCGAUGAAAAUUUCCAUGCUGCUAUUAAAAGGCCUGUCUCAUCGGCUUACUCGAUGAGCACUCUGACCGAAUUCGAGCCUUUUGUCGAUAGGACUAUCCAUACCCUAUUUGGGAAACUGGAUGAGUUUGUAGCUGAAGCUAAAGUAUGCGAUAUUGCUGCUUGGCUACAAUACUAUGCAUUUGAUGUCAUUGGAGAAUUGACAUUCAGUAAGCCACUUGGGUUCCUGGAGAAAGGGAAUGAUAUCGACGGUAUCAUCGUCGCGUUGGAGCACAUGCUCGACUAUUCCGGAAAGAUUGGGCAGAUGCCAUGGCUUGACUACCUUUUCAUCAAGAACCCACUCAGGAGCCUUUUCGGAGGGGGAUCAACCGGAGCUGUAGCUCGCUUUGCUCGCGCACGACUAGAUGAACGACUGAACCAGCAACGCACAUCACCAGUGGCCAAAACACACAAGGACUUCCUCGAUCGGUUUUUGGAAGCGAAAAAGGAGCACCCGACUAUUGUAAACGAUAACCAGGUCUUCUCAUAUACGAUCAGCAAUAUGAAUGCUGGCUCCGACACGACGGCGAUUUCCCUCCGAGCAAUCCUUUAUUAUACCCUCAAGGACCGCCGAGCGAGUACGAAGCUUCACCAGGAGCUCACCAUGGCCUUGGAAGAAAAUCGGAUCUCUUUACCUGUCUCGUGGAAGCAAAGCCAAGAGCAACUCCCUUACCUCGAUGCAGUGAUCAAAGAAGCACUGCGUCUUCACCCGGCCGUGGGAUUGAUGCUGGAGCGGGUCGUGCCCGCCGAGGGACUCCAGCUUCCUGAUGGCCCAUUUCUACCGGCGGGCACGAUAGUUGGUGCUAAUCCGUGGAUAAUACAUCGUCACCGUGUCUUCGGGGAGGAUGUGGAGUCAUUUGUUCCGGAACGGUGGCUCAAGAUGGAUACUGAGUCUGAGACUGAUUUCCAGGAUAGAAAGCAGAAGAUGCUUCGUGCGACAUUUACUUUCGGGGCUGGACCGAGGACUUGCAUUGGCAAGAAUAUCAGUCUGCUUGAGAUAUAUAAGCUGAUUCCAUCGCUGUUUCUAAGAUAUCAGGUUGAACUCGAUGAUCCGAGUGCAGAAUGGGAGAUUGUUAAUGCGUGGUUUGUGAGGCAAAAGAAUAUGGAUGUGAGGUUGAGAUAUAAUGUCAGAGCAUAA